UGGCAAAAUAGAGAUUUACUAUGUUGCAACUAAAAGGGAAGUUGGAAUAUAUAAGCCAAUCGAGUCUCCAGAACGCCUAUUCACACAAUUGGAUUUUGCGCAUUUUCUUCUCAGACUCACUCAGUGAAAUGGCUGCCCACAAGAUUGCUCAUGCCACAUUGAAAGGACCAAAUGUUGUCAAGGAGAUAUGUGGUGCGAUUGUAAUUGCCUUUGCAGUUGGUGGUAUUUGGAAAAUGCAUCACUGGAAUGAGCAGAGGAAAGUGAGGGCAUUUUAUGAUAUGCUCGAGAAAGGUGAAAUUAGUGUUGUUGCAGAAGAUUAAACUUUUCUUUUAGUUCCAUUUUGUGAUUUUAUUUGGCAAAUAAGCUAAGAUGUUCAUGCUUAGUUGUGGUCUUUAAUGAAUAAAUUGAUGCAUUGAGAUGUGGAUGUCAUUAUUGCACUAUAAAUUGUCAAGAUUCAUUGUUUUCAUUUGCCCACAA